GGUGAACCUGCCAAUUUAUAGGCUUAGAUGAUAUCACACGAUCGAUAUUAUUUGAUUGUAGUCAUGAAAUAUUUCCGACGUUUACUUUCCAGUUUGCAACGGAUCGAACUGGAUUGAGAGUCAUAUUUUCAACAAAGAAAUCGCCCUUCAGCAGUUCCCCAGCUACAGGUCGUUCCAUUUGAUGGCGACUGGAGCAUCCGAUGAGGACAGGCGACGGGAAAAUGUCUCACCACCAAGUCCAUCGAGCUCAUCAGGCGGAUUCGUGUUGGUAGACCGUGCAGAGACAGCGUCCAGUGGCAGUAUUAAUACACAGACUAAGCAACCACAUGAAAAGGAAUACAACAUGUGGGGUUCCAACCAUGAUGAUGUAAAUAUGGCGCCAGAUGAGCGUAACGAUUCUCGAAACGAUGAUGACGUCCGACCCAUAUUAUCCGACGAACAGCCUCAUGGGCCUAUACGAUGUCCUGGACCUCCUGAAAUCAUCAAAAACACUGUAUCUUCAUGGCCAGAAUCACCCAACACUAGUCCGUUUGAACCAAUUCAAAAUGCAAAUGCUCAACAUGCUUCAAGUAUUUGGCAAUCCCCACUGCAGGAGCAUAGCAUAACGGACAUUCGUCCAAAUCAGGCAUCUCCUCACUCGACAACUAGUGACUAUGGACAUUUGGCAUCAUUUACAAAUCCUUCGGGUCAAAUUCCGUCUGCUCUUUUCCAGACUCCCCAAAAACCACCUGAACAUAUCUCGGGCUACUCGCCACAUGCUUUGCAUGGGUCUUUCUCUGGUAUACGACUAGGGGAACCAAACCAACAUAUGAUGCAAGGAGAUUUCAACGGGAAUCCAAGCUAUCGAUGUCCUGGCGGCAACAUUGGAUGGGUUCAACCGCAGCCUCCUCCUGGGUUUCAAGGACCAGUGCAACCCAUACAAACCUUCCCAGCUGCACAAGGAUUGCCAACGAGUAGCUCACAACCAGAUAUGAUGCAACAGAUGAUUGAACUGAUGAAAUCACAGGCGGAGAGACAGAAAGAACAGGACGAGAAACAACAGGAGCUUCUCAAACAAAUCGAAGAACUGAAACAGUCAAAGAGCCAGGACCAACUCCAGUGUUUGCUUGGCACCACAGAAAAAGAAACUGACACCAUUUGCAAGACACCAACGAAUUCGGAGAAAGGGGGAGAUGUGAGAUCAAGUGAUCGUUGUUGUACUAUUAAGGUCACUGGUCUGAAGUCGACUACAACCCAAGACACUGUGAAAAUGUUCUUUGCGAGCAAAAAGCGAACUGGGGCUAAGGCGGCAAAUGUGAAGUAUCAGAAGGGAGAUUGUGUUGCCUACAUAUCAUAUGAUAACCAAACAGUUCUAGACACCGUCUUGGAAAAGCAUGCUCAGAAAAGGUUCGUUCUUGAUAACAAUACAUUAGACUUAAUUGAAGUUAAAGCUAAUGCCCCAACUGAGAACGAUGAAGAUUCCGAAAUGAGCUUCGGAGGGGAUGCCACUCCAAUGCAGCUGACAUAUAUGAUUAAGGCCAUCGGUUUGGAUCCCAAAACUACCAAUGAUACUGUGAAAAUGUUCUUUGGGAGCAAAAAGCGAACUGGUGCUAAAGCGUCAAAUGUGAAGUAUCAGAAGGGAGAUUGUGUUGCCUACAUAUCAUACGAUAACCAAACAGAUUUAGACACGGUAAUGGAGAAGUAUACAAGCAAACGUUUCGUUCUGGAUAAACGCACAUUGCAAUUGAUCAAUGUGACCAGUGAUCAAGAAAGUGAUGCAGAAGAUAGCGAUAGAAGCAUCGAAGUUGAUGUUGAACCAAAAAAACCUACGCAUACAAUUAAAGUUACCGGUCUGAAGGCAGAAACAACACGUGACACUGUUGACAUGUUCUUUGAAAAUAGUAAAAGGACUGGGGCUGAAGCAAAGAAUGUGGAGUACGAGGAAGGAGAUUGUGUUGCCUUCAUAUCAUAUGAUAACCAAACAGAUUUAGACAACGUCCUGCGACGACAUGCUCAAAAAGCACUCAAGCUUGAAGGAAAGACAUUAGAAUUAAAGGAAGCAAAGGUGGAAAAAGAAGUUGAGGAUGAUAAAGAUGCAGAUUAUGUAAAUCCAUAUGAGGUGAUUAUUGGAGGUAUAGACCUGGAGAUAAUGACACAGGAUGCUAUAACUAUGUUCCUUACUUGGGCUUCAGGAGACAAUGAGAUCAAACAAAUUCUCCAAUGUACAAAGGAACGCCACAUUCUUGUCCAAUUCAAGGAUAUUAUAGAUUAUGGUUUGAUGACGAGGAACAUAUCACGGAGACGCUUAGAAGAUGUUCUGUUACAACUCCAGCCUGUCCCGAUAACAUCCACUAUACAGAUUCGCAGGUUACCAGGCAACGUCAGUCAAGAUAUGCUACAGUUUUAUUUUGAGCAUCCAAAAAGUGGGGGAGGAGACAUCAAAGAAGAUGGAAUAGAAUUGCACCAGGAUGAAGAUUAUGCACUGGUGACAUUUUGUGAUCACAAAGUUCUUAACAAAGUGAUACCAAGAGAGCAUAAAUUAGCUGGGUGCACUCUGUCCGUUCGACCAUAUCAGCCACAUAUAGGAGUGCUGGAAGCUUCCAACGACAUACAAUCGUACAAUAUUCCAGAUAUAACAAAAUACAAACAUUCUAAGCCUACAGGUGCUGACAAAACUAGAACUAUAGAAGUCAGAGGUUCAGAUCUUGAUGAGGAGAAAUUGAGUCUUUUCUUCAGUAACAAGAAACAUUCUGGUGGAGAUGACACUGCUGAAGUACAAGUGAAGUCCCCUAAAAUAGCACUCAUAACAUAUGACGAUCAUAAAGUUGCGUCGCGAGUGCUAGGUAAACAAUUGAGAGAAGUUUUUCAAACCCAGAUAGAAGUCUCAGCUUCCCCUCCAAGGAAAAUCUCUAAAAUGGAGAAGAAAUUGAACAAUAAUUGCAUAGGCAUUAAGGGAAUUCCGACGUCUGCUGCCAAGGAGACAGUUCAACUAUUCGUUGAGAGCAUGAGCCAGCAGAGUGAUCCAGAGAUACAUUAUGGUUAUGAGCCUGGGAGAGCAUUGGUGAAAUUUCAAGAGCCAAUAGAUGAUUUUGAGCCGCUGGGGAAUUUCACUAGGAAAAGGAAACUAGAAAAUUGUGUUCUGAGUCUGGAGAAAAUCUUUGAGUCCAAUGCUAUCCAGGUGUACAACGUAAAUGAGAGAACCACAGAAGACUGUCUCGAGUUGUAUUUCUCUUGUCCUAAAUGGAGCAGAGGGGGCGAUGUGGAGAAAAUUGAUUUGAAGAAAACUGAGCAACUUGCUAUUGUCUACUUCAUGGAUUACAAAGUCGUAGCCCAAGUGACAAGAAAGCAAACACAUACUUUGAAUGGUAGCAAAAUGACAGUGAGAGUCUAUCACGCUUUCCUUGGUCCAGUUGAUAAGGACUUUGAUACAUCAACCCCCCACCUGAAGUUGCCUGAACCAAUUGUCAUUGCAAUUGAUCCAAUGUGUGAAACAUUUCUCAACAAGUACAACGUUCACUUAAAUGGACUCCAGACAGCGAUCCAACAGACCCAUGGUAAGCUGAGAGCUGUACAUCAGGAGCAGCUCGAAGUAGAAUGUACUUUAACAAGAGAAACGAAGGGAGCCUUUCCCCUAUGCCGAACGUGGACAGAAAAUAUGAACAAGACUAUCAAAAAUUACCUAGAAGCCUACAAGUGUGAAUCGUUGACGGUCCUACAGGAUGUUUUUGAACGAAUGGACAAAUUGGUAAAAGAAGCAGUGAAUGAUUUCAAAGAAAUAAUACUUGUAAGAAGGGAAAAUACGGGCUACAACGUGUUUGGUACCAAAGGGAAUGCAGAGGCUGCCAAGAACAAAUUAAAGAGUGUUGAAAACACAAUUGUGGCGGAACUAGAAAGAGAAAGGAGCAUCAUAUGUGAAAAGGUUAAAAAUCUCAAGAGCUGGGAAACGAGAUUCUUACUCAUGAACAGGUUCAUAGCCACCCUUAAAGAAAAAUUCAAAGAUUUGGAAACAAAAAUAGAGUUAAGUAAAGGUCAGCGAGAUACCAUUAUACUAAAAGGUGUACCCCAGGACUGCACAGAUUCUAAACUACACAUUUACGAGCUACUAAAAACAGCUGUAUGUAGAUCUUCAUCAUUUCCUCCUGCAAUAUUGAACUUACACCAACAAGACCAAUGUCGAAAGCAUGUGAUGGAGUGUUUAAAGACGAAAGGGCUUGAAGCUGUUUGGGAGGUCGAAGGAGAAGAGUUAAAAGUCUUUGGUAACUCUCAGAAAGAAUCAGACGCGGCAAUUAACUUUAUUGGAGGUCUUGUGGUUGAAACCAAAAUACAAGUGGACAGGAAAUCAUCUCAGCUACUGACAAACAACGACUGGAAGCAGCUCGUUACAUCACUCAGUGAAAAACACAAAGGUCUUCUUGAAAUCAUACCAAAAGCAAAUAACACAGACGUUGCCAUAGUAAGCCUGAGAGAGUUUUCAAAAUCUGUCAAAGAUACCCUAACAAAAUAUUUGGAUGACAACACAAUACUUACCGAAAAUAUACUAUGUAAACGGGGUUUCAUCACGCUACUUCAAAAGUACCAUAAAGACAAAAUUAACAGUAUUAAACAGAAAAACAAAAGUGCAAAGAUCGAAUUAAAAUCAGACACUGCGCAGGUACUUUUGACAGCUUCUCGAAGAGAAUGCCAAAGUGCCAAGAUGGAAAUACAGAAACUAAUUGAUGGUCUCCAAGAAAAACAAGUACCUGUUGACGAAUCAGGAAUGCCAAAGUAUUUCUGUAGUGAAGAAGGUGGAAAGUUCCUGCUUGAGUUGGAGGAGAAACACAAGUGUGUGAUUGGUAUUGGUGGUAAUGGUCCAAGUAUGGGUGCAGGCGGUCAUCUUGCUGCUAGAGAAACCCAUGUGAAUGCCAGACACAACGCCAGACACCAACGAGUCUUUGAGAGAAAUCCACAACAUGUAGUAGAAAGCACCUCUGUCGAUAAUGAUGAUCUUGCUGAAGGUUUUGAGAUCAGUGCAGAUGCUGACUCUGACUCACUGAUAGUCAAUGGUGGGAUAAAAAUCACUUUAGUGAGAGGGCAAAUCAUUGAUCAAAAGGUGGACAUUCUUGUGAACUCAGUUGACCAUUCACUUGACCUUUCAAAGGGAAAAGUUUCUGCCUCGUUGUUAAGGGUUGCUGGAAAUGAACUGCAAAAGGAAUGCAAAGAAAAGUAUCCCAACGGCAUAAAAUAUGGUGAAAUAGCUGCCACAAAAGCAUAUAAUCUCCAAUGUAAAGGCGUAUAUCACGGACCCUGUAAAGGAUACAAGGAUCCGGAAUGUGAAAAGAUCAUAUCAAAGCUCAUACAAAACGCCUUAUCUAGGACUGCAACUAAACAACACUCUUCGAUCGCAUUUCCGGCUCUUGGAAGUGGAAAUCUCGGUGUGCCCAAACCAAUGGUCGCAAAAUGGAUGUACAGAGAAGUUAUGGACUUUGCUAAAACUGAUGGUGAAGGUUCUUCAAUUCAGAACGUCACAUUUGUAGUUUAUGACAAGGAUAUGGAAACAAUACAAGCCUUUGAACAUGAGUUAAACCGAUUGAGAGAAAUCGCUACGAGAAUGACUAAACCAGAACAUAAUGACGCCUUAGUCCUCUCUGAAGAAGAUGAAGAUGAUGAUAAUUUUGAACAUGUGUCGAAUGAGUAUGAUGACUUAAGUUCUAACGAGGAAGAACCUGAAAACCCGAUGGAGGACUCUGAUAAUGACAGCGAUUCUAGUGCCGAUGAUGAUGAUGAUGAUGAUGAUGAUUCCACUGGAAACGACUUCAUGCAAGGAAAUAGUCAAGAUACGAUUAUGUUAAAGUCUGGAUUGAAUAUAACAUUGGUCCGUGGAGAAAUAGCAAAGCAAAAUGUUGAUGUUAUCGUCAAUUCCACUAACCCUCAAAUGAAACUCAACCAAGGUGCGGUCUCCACCUCUCUAUUGAGUGCAGCAGGGCCGGGUCUACAGGCAGAAUGUAAAAACAGGUUUCCCAAUGGCAUAACACCAGGUCAAGUAGCCGAGACUGCUGCCCAAGGGCAACUUUACUGUAAGGAAAUAUACCAUGGUGUUUGUAAAGAGUGGAAUAAAGGAAAUGCAGAUUCAGAAAAGUCAGUGAGACAGUUGAUAACUGGAUGUCUAACAGCUGCAGAUGCCAAGGGCUACACGAGCAUAGCAUUUCCAGCUUUAGGGACUGGGAAUUUGGGUAUACCUAGAGACAUGGCAGCCUAUAUCAUGUACGAUGAAGUUCGCGACUUGACCGAAGCUAAUCCAAUCAGUAACAUUGAUACUGUUAACUUUGUCGUCUAUGACCAAGAUUACAAUACGAUACAGGUUUUUGAGGAUAAACAAAGUGAAUUACUCGGUGGUCACAACUCUAGUCCAGUGUAUGCCUCCACACCUAGGAAACAAUAUAAAUCGAAAAGGCAAUCACCAAAGGGAGCUAAAAGCCACAAAGCACAUAAACGUAGAGAUGGUCGUUUAUCACGUCAGACAAAGACAUCACGUAGUGAACCAAAGAAACAUAAACAUGACUCCAUAUUCAAGGACUUUAAAAAGAUAGAGGGUGGGCAUCAAAUGAAGAUUGGAGACAUAUGCCUGCAAGUAUGCGAGGGUGAUAUAACUAAGUCAACUACAGAUGCAAUUGUAAACAGCACCAAUGAUCAACUUGAUUUGGGAAGAGGCGCAGUUUCUAAAGCAAUUGUUAAAUCUGGAGGGAAUGUUAUCAAGUCUGAUUGUGAGCGAGGAAAAGAUCAGAUGUCUGAUGGGUUGCUUUUAACCAAUAGCGGAAAAUUACCAUGCAAAUCCAUCAUUCAUAUGGCAGUGUCUCCAGAUGAGAAAAAGUGGAAGAAACUUGUGGAAAAGUGUUUAAAAAAAGCAGAUGAAACUAAGUUUACGUCCAUCACGUUUCCUGCAUUGGGAACAGGUGCAUUAGGUCAGUCACCAGGUGCAAUGGCAAGCAUGAUGAUAGAGGGCAUUGCAGAUUUCACGAUAAAUACCCAAGCACAACAAAUUACCCUAGUGAAAAUUUUUGUUUUCCAAAAAGAGCAUGGUAAACCGUUCUGGGGCGUUAUGCAGAAUAUGAUUGGUAAACCUUAUAGUCCGAACAAGGGUUUCUUUCACAAUUUAGGACGCGGUGUGAAAAACAUUAUCUCUGCAACAGGAGAUUUCUUUGGACUAACGAGCUCUGCAUCCCCCACAACACACAUGGAACAACCUGCAAAGAAACAAAUCCUCAUCAUAGAUAUCUACUCUGAUAAUAUACCGUCUAUUGAUAAAGCUGAGGAUGCAAUUAAAGAGUGUAUACGGAAUAAACAUAUUACAAAAGAUGUGACAAAUGAGGGGAUCGCUCAGUUCAAUGACGAUCUGAUGCGCGACAUUAAACAAUUUGCAGCAUCAUAUGCAGUUGACUGUAGCAGAAGACAUGAUAAUAUUCGCCUGCGCGGGGUAAAAGACGAUGUUGGGAUAGUUUCAGAGAAGAUUACUGACAUCCUGAUAAAGAUAGCCAAUGAAGCCAGGGAAAAGGCUGAACGUGAGAAGGAGAUGGCAGACGCUAAAACCCUAGCAAAAACGGUACAAUGGUGCUACACCGACGUUGAUGGGACCGAUAAAAAAUAUGAUCCAAUAACAAACCGCAACAUUGAAAAUGCCUACAAUGCAAAAAAGAAGCACUUUGAUUACAAACGAAAAAAUGGAACACCAAGUAGAAUAACGUUCGACAAUGGUGAUAUGAAGGAUACUGAGUACAGAACAAACAAAAAGUAUUCAGUGAACAGAACUACGCCGUCGGAUGAUAAAAUAAACCUGCCUAAAACUUGGACUGAUAAUAAGGGAAAAAGAAUGAUCACUGUUGCGUUGACAAAUGGAUCUGCUGAGUAUAACAAGGUGUCCCAGAUAUUUAUGGGGAGUAUAGGACAAAGAAAUAUAAACCAGAUCUUGCGAAUUCAACACCCAACAAGAUACCGCCAAUACAUGAUUACAAAACAAGAAAUGGAGAAGAAAAAUGGCAAAACGUUUCAAAAUGAACGGACGCUUUUUCAUGGAACCGAUGCUAAUUCUAUUGAUAACAUAAAUAGCGAUGGGUUUAAUCGUAGCUAUUGUGGAAAAAAUGCAACGAUGUAUGGACAAGGAGUAUAUUUUGCUCUCAGUGCGCAAUACUCCGACGGUUACGCUAGACAAGGACACAAUGGUAAAAAUAUGUAUAUCGCCAAGGUUCUAACUGGACAGUCAACUGUUGGAAAUUCUGGUAUGAUUGUUCCCCCAAAAAUGCCAGGUGGAAGUGAUCGAUAUGACUCUGUGACUGACGGUGGACCAAGCAUGUAUGUGAUAUUCCAUGAUUCACAGGCUUAUCCAGAGUAUUUGGUCAACUACCGGUGAUUUGAAUAAAAGUGCUGCAAGAAAGGAUGUAAGGGAUGUUUAGAUAUGAGUAUCAACUGUUGGUUUAUUUUUUGCGAUUCUC